UUCAAACAUGCUAACACUCAUGGCUAACACCUGAAGUUGUCCACAGACAUUCCGGUGAUUAAAUCUGUCCGCGCCAUGUUGUCACGCCGAAUAUGGAGGAAGUGAACUUUGUGUCUCUUGCCGCUGGGAGAUGUGUGGACGCCUGCUGCCUGCUGCUCGACCUGCUCGUCAGGACGUACAGCUGGCUGCUUCGCUUCCUGUCCGGCGUGGGCACUUCCCUCCACGGCACGCUGAACGGCUCCAGUUUGGUUGAAUACUGGAACUUUGCUGUUUUCUCCUUCCUCGCCGCCACAGAGGCCGUCUCCAGGACCGCCUGCGGAGCCCUGCACGCCGUGGAGGGCUGGCUGCAGACGCUGGGAGGCGUGUUUGAGAGCUUCAAGAUGGUGGGACACCUCUCCUGUCACGUGGCGUUGCGCACCAAGGAGGCGCUGCACUGCUGGCUCCUCUCAGGGAGCUGCAUCCUGCGACAGACGUGCGAGGGCGUUUGCAUCGCGCUCAGCCUCGCGCUCUACUUCGUCAACACGAUGGUCAACAUCGUCCUCAUCAGCAUGCAGAACUGUCUGUGUGUGUUGGCGGGCGUCUGGGAGGUGGUGGCGGAGCCCGUGCACAGAGUGGUGGAGCUGGCUCUGACUGUGCUGACCUUCCUGUACAGCUGUCUGGUCGGCACCUCCGUGCUGCUGUGGGCGCCCUGCCAGCUGCUGCUGGACUUCCUGGGCGCACUGGGCCGUGUCUUCUUCACUGUUUUCAUGGUGGACUCACACGGCCUGCUCAUCACAGCGGCCGUCGUCUCGCUGGCUCUGCUGUUACUGAACCCCAGGCUGCCUGUCCUCGCCGCACAGCUGAGCCUCCACUUGUUCAACGCUCUGCCGGGAGCUCGUGGCGUCCAGACAAACAUUCGCAGGCUGUACGCAGUCAUAGUGGAACAAGCUCUGGCCAAUCAGGAGGUCCACAGGAGGACUGUACAGGAAGUGAGUAGGAUGGGGCUCCCUCAGACUCACACAGACACUGGUGCUUUAAUCGCUGAGGCCGACUUGCUGCCAGCGAGUGAGCCGAGCCAGCCGGACUCCCCGCAGCUCCCCGCUCAGCAGGACGGCGAGGCGGGGAGGACGAGCGCAUCCGUUCCAGAGGGCGGCGGCAGCCCUCCGACUGAUGGCGAGCUGCUCAGCCUGCUGAAGGAGCAGGAGGAGAGGAAGAAGUGCGUCAUCUGUCAGGAUUUGAGCAAGACAGUGCUGCUGCUGCCGUGCCGACACCUCUGCCUCUGCCGACCCUGCGCCGACAUCCUGACCCAACGCCGACCCGUCCAGCAGCGCUGCUGUCCGCUCUGCCGGCGACCCAUCACACAGACCAUGGACGUCUUCCUCUGAGGGCCACGAAUACAAAGCCUGUGGGCGUUAAACCUGCUCUUCUUCUGUCCUCUAAUAAUGUCACUCACCUGCAGCCUGUCACAUCAUUUAUUUAUUCUUUGUUCCAGUAUUUUCUAAAAGAAAUCAGAAACUUUUUUAACUUCACUGAACAAUAUUUAUGAUGAUUCAUCUGAAAACUUGAAGAUUAUAUUAUUUAUUCUAUAUAUCUUGUGUAAAUUUGCCAAAAUACCAAAACAACAGAGAAGCUCUUUAAUCUCUUGAUAUGUAGGAAGGAGGGUGUAACGGCACACGUGUUCAUGGUCAAGUGUUCGCUGCACAGUGAAACACAACAUGUCUCUGUGUUUUCUACAUGUCAAAGUCACAUUUGACACGUCACAAGCAGUUUUAUGAAAACAGACUGUGAUCAAAAUAAAAUGCAGAAACAGAUGAGUUGAUUCAAAGGCACAUUAAACAAACACAUUAAACACAUUAAACGCACAUUAAACAAACACACACUAAAUACACACAU